CACAGAGGGCAGACCUCAGAAGAUGCUGCUUCUCCUGGUUGGCUGUCUCUUGCCUGCCAUCAAUGGGAAGAGCUGCCUCCACUGCUGGCCACAACUGCCUGCAUUGAUAGACUAUGACCUGCAGAUUCUUUGGGGCUCUCCAGGGCCACCCAGAGAGCUCUCCCAAAGCCUCCACUCCCUAUUCUUGAAAAGGGAUUAUGUCUUCUUAGAACCUUGGUAUCUUGAUCAUGACCAUAUGGAGGAAGCAACAGCCAAAUUAUUCAAUCACGUAGAUGAAGCCAUCAAGAAGUUUCGAGAUGAUAAACCAUCACUUCUGAAAGAGAUUAAUGUCCAGAAACAGGUGUUUACUGACAGGCUGAAUCAGAUGUCUGAGAAGCUGAAGGAGAAGGGAACCGGGCAGUCCACUGGUCUGAAUCGAGAUCGCAGUUGCUGUCAGGAGGCUCCCUCAUCUCUGAGUUCCAGUAACUGUCCCUUCCUUGACACCCUCCGACCUGGGGUGGUAGCAGUUCUGUGGCCCAAGACACCACACUCUGUCUUGUGGUUUCCCUAUGCCCAUGCCUUGUAAAUACCUUCAUUAAAAUAUCUUCCU